GAUGCGGCCAGACCACUCAUGCCACUGACUCUUGCUUCAAAGCGCUCAGUGAUGAGUGGUUUGCCCGCGGCAACACCGGCACCCCCCCCCGCUGGUCCUCCCUCUCCCCUCGCCCCACUCCUCAAGAGCACCUCCCGCGCCGACCCCAGCCUCUUCCUCCGCACCUCCCCCUCCCCCUUCUACAUCCUCGUCUAUGUCGACGAUAUGAUCCUCAUCACUGCCGACUCCGCCGAGCUCGAGCACGGCCACUACCUGCAGCAGGUCCUGGAGCGGUUCGACAUGGCUCGAGGCACCCCUCAGGUCACCCCUCUUCCUGUUGGGCACCACCUCACUCCCCUCACCUCCCCCUCCUCCUCUCACCCCUACGCUGAGCUCAUCGGCUCUCUCAUAAUUCACACGGACUAUGCCACGUGUCUCUCUCCUUUGCUAUUGGCUGCAGCUCCAGGUUUUUUGGAGGCGAGCUGGCAGGAGAGCAGUCAGAUACUGCCAGACGGCCGGACCCUUCUGUACCAAGAUGUUGAGUUGGUGACAGAGGAGGGAGAGCAGGGCCGUAUGCCUGUCACUUUAGUGAGUCUGCUUAUACCAGAGAACAAUGAGCAGCAGCAUCAGCAGAAGCGGGCAGCAGUGAUUCUGCUGCACAGCACGAAUAAGAGCAAGGAGGCUCUGCUGGAGAAGCAGAAGGAGAUAGCGUGUCUAGGUUUCGUUGCCAUCACGUGUGACAACCGCUACCAUGGCGCUCGUGCGUCCUCCCCUUCUGCAUACUCCGAUGCGUUGGUCAAGGCGUGGAGGACCGGACAGGAAAUGCCGUUCCUCUUUGAUCCGGUGUGGGACGUGCUUCGCCUGCUGGAUUAUCUUACAGCCGCUCACACCGAUAUCAUCGACUGCUCGCGCAUUGGAAUCACGGGUGUCUCCCUCGGCGGCAUGGUAGCGUGGCUGGCUGCCAUGGUGGACCCCCGGAUAGCAGCAGCUGCUCCCAUGAUAGGCGUGCAGUGUUUCAAGUGGGCGGUGGACAACAACUGCUUCCACGCUAGAGUGGCCUCCAUACCGCAUGCUUUCAAUGCAGCAGCAGCGGACAUGGGGAAGUCAGAGGUGGAUGCACAAGUGGUCACAGCGGUGUGGAACCGAAUCACUCCUGGCCUGCUGCACCAGUUUGGCCCUCGCAACUCCCUGCCGGCAAUUUGCCCGCGGCCACUGCUCAUUCUGAAUGGGGAGAGUGAUCCGAGGUGCCCCGUGGAGGGGUUGAGGGAAGCAGUGAGGCGCACAGAGGAGGCGUACAGCAGGGCACGCGUGCCACACAGAUUCGAGUUCUAUGCGGAGCGGGGAGUGGGGCAUGAGGUGACGGACGCCAUGUGGGACAAGACAAUCACAUGGAUGCAAACACACCUGCUGGCGGGAUGAUGGGAAAGGGAACAGCCCAGAUGCCAACCUCUACUUCAUGGGUGCCAAUUGCCUGCACAACUGCUUGGAGAACGUUCCUCUAUGAAUGUGAAGGUUGAUGGUUGAGCCAGAAACUUGUGAUGGUGUAUCCCGUCAUGUUUCUAAGAUGCUUGACUAGGCUGGUCUAGUGUCGCUUCGAAAUUCCUGCUGCUUCAGCAGUGUAUACAUGUCUAAACAAUUCCCAAAUC